AGCUGGCGGCACAUUCCAGGGCCCGGGCCGGGCUGGGUGGCGGGCAGGAGCCGGGCCUGAGCCGACCCGCUUCUUUCCGUCCCAGGGUGGCACGUCCGCGUCGCGCCGAGUCGGGCUCCCCCCCGCCUGCGUCCUCCCCGACUCCGGGCCCGGCACCUGCCUCUCCGCUGCCCGCGCCGCCGCCGCCUCCUCCUGCUGCUGCUGCUCUGCGCCGGGGGGACGCGGCCAGCGGCGCCGGGCCGGGGCCAUGACCGUGGAGCAGAACGUGCUGCAGCAGAGCAAAGCCCAGAAGCACCAGCAGACAUUUUUGAAUCAGCUGAGGGAGAUCACUGGUAUCAAUGACAUCCAAGUACUGCAACAGGCCUUGAAGGACAGCAAUGGGAACUUGGAAUUAGCGGUGACUUUCCUUACGACAAAGAAUGCCAAGGUUCCUCAGCAGGAGGAAGCAACUUACUAUCAAACAGCACUUCCUGGCAAUGACAGAUACAUCAGUGUGGGCAGCCAGGCAGACACAAAUGUGAUUGAUCUCACUGGAGAUGAUAAAGAUGAUCUUCAGAGGGCAAUUGCCUUGAGUUUGGAGGAAUCAAACAGGGCAUUCAGGGAGACUGGAAUAACAGAUGAGGAGCAAGCCAUUAGCAGAGUUCUAGAAGCCAGUAUAGCAGAAAAUAAAGCAAGUUUGAAAAGGACACAUCCAGAAGUAUGGAGUGAUUCUCCAAACCCCUAUGAUCGAAAAAGGCAAGACAGUUGUCCAGUUGGAUUAAAGAAUGUUGGCAACACAUGCUGGUUUAGUGCUGUUAUUCAGUCAUUAUUUAACCUGCUGGAGUUUCGAAGACUAGUUUUGAACUACAGUCCACCUGCAAGCGCUCAAGAUUUGCCCCGAAACCAAAAGGAACAUAGGAAUUUGCCUUUCAUGCGUGAAUUGAGGUAUCUCUUUGCACUUCUCGUUGGUUCAAAGAGAAAAUAUGUUGAUCCAUCUAGAGCAGUUGAAAUUCUUAAAGAUGCAUUCAAAUCAAAUGAUUCUCAGCAGCAAGAUGUGAGUGAAUUCACUCAUAAACUAUUAGAUUGGUUAGAAGAUGCCUUCCAAAUUAAGGCUGAAGAGGAGAGGGAUGGAGAGAAGCCAAAGAACCCAAUGGUAGAGUUGUUUUAUGGACGAUUUCUAGCAGUGGGUGUGCUUGAAGGUAAGAAAUUUGAAAACACAGAAAUGUUCGGCCAGUACCCACUCCAGGUUAAUGGCUUUAAAGAUCUGCAUGAGUGCCUAGAAGCUGCCAUGAUUGAAGGGGAGAUUGAAUCUUUACAUUCAGAAAAUUCUGGAAAGUCUGGCCAGGAGCACUGGUUUACUGAACUUCCUCCUGUCUUAACUUUUGAGCUCUCAAGAUUUGAGUUUAAUCAGGCUUUGGGAAGGCCAGAGAAGAUCCACAACAAAUUAGAAUUUCCACCAAUUUUAUAUCUGGACAGAUACAUGCACAAAAACAGAGAAAUUACAAGAAUUAAACGGGAUGAGAUCAAGAGACUUAAAGAGUAUCUCACAGUGUUACAGCAGAGAUUAGAACGAUAUUUAAGCUAUGGUUCUGGUCCUAAACGAUUCCCCCUGGUAGAUGUCCUACAGUAUGCAUUGGAGUUUGCAUCAAGUAAACCUGUCUGCACUUCUCCAAUUGAUGAUAUCGAUGCUAGUGCUCCCCCUAGUGGUACUGUAACAACACAGACGAUACCAAGCACAACAGAGCAACAGGGGCCUUCAUCUUCAGAGAUACCAAGCACAUCACCUGUACAAAGAUCAGUAAUACACAAACCAUUCACACAGUCCCGAAUUCCUCCAGACCUGCCAAUGCAUCCAGCACCAAGACACAUAACGGAAGAAGAGCUUUCAGUGUUAGAGGGCUGUUUACAUCGUUGGAGGACUGAAGUAGAAAAUGACACUAGAGACUUGCAGGAAAGCAUAUCUAGAAUACAUCGGACAAUUGAAUUGAUGUACUCUGACAAAUCAAUGGUCCAGGUUCCUUAUCGGUUACAUGCUGUACUCGUUCACGAAGGCCAAGCUAAUGCAGGACACUACUGGGCAUACAUUUAUGACCACCACCAGAGGAGAUGGAUGAAAUAUAAUGACAUUUCUGUGACAAAGUCAACUUGGGAGGAGUUGGAACGUGACUCUUUUGGUGGUUACAGGAAUGCCAGUGCAUACUGUUUAAUGUAUAUCAAUGAUAAGGAACAAUUCUUGAUACAAGAAGAAUUUAAUAAGGAAACUGGUCAGAUGCUGCUUGGAAUGGAUACGUUACCUCCUGAUUUAAAGGACUAUGUCAAGGAAGACAAUAAGCGGUUUGAAAAGGAACUAGAAGAAUGGGAUGCAGAACUUGCUCAGAAAGUACAACAGGAAAAGUUGUUAGCAUCUCAGACGCCCAGGAUGCCAGCACCCUCCUCUGCUCCAGUUCAAGCAGGAGAACCAGAGUAUUUAGAGCAGCCAUCAAGAACUGAUCUCUCAAAGCAUUUGAAAGAAGAUUCUGUACGAGCAAUCACUAAAGCAUUAGCUGAACAGGAAGAUGGAAGUCCUGAAACUGUCAUGCAAACGAGCUCUGAUAACACCCCAGCUCAACCAGCUCCUAACCAGCGUGUUGUAGAGGUGGCGAUUCCUGAUGUAGGGACUUUUGUGAUUGAGUCAGAGGAGGGGGGUUAUGACGAUGAGGUCAUGCUGACCCCGAACAUGCAAGGUAUUAUCAUGGCUAUAGGUAAAGCCAGGAAUGUUUAUGACAGGUGUGGGCCAGAAGCAGGGUUCUUUAAGGCAAUUAAAUUGGAGUAUGCACGGCUACUAAAAUUGGCUCAGGAUGAUCCACCACCUGAAUGUGAUUACCGUUUGCAUCAUGCAGUUGUCUAUUUCAUGCAAAACGAGGCACCAAAGAAAAUAAUUGAGAGAACAUUACUGGAGCAGUUUGGAGAUCACAAUCUGAGCUUUGAUGAAAGGUGCCGCAACAUAAUGAAAGUGGCUCAAGCCAAACUUGAAAUGAUAAAGCCUGAUGAAGUAAACAUGGAGGAGUAUGAGAGAUGGCAUCAAGAAUAUAGAAAUUACAGAGAAACAACCAUGUAUCUCAUGGUAGGAUUGGAACUUUUUCAAAAAAAGAGUUAUAUGGAAGCCUUGCUUUACCUUAUCUAUGCUUACCAGAAUAACAAAGAACUCUUGUCCAAAGGCCUGUAUAGAGGGCAUGAUGAAGAGCUGAUAUCCCAUUACAGAAGAGAAUGUUUGCUAAAACUAAAUGAACAUGCUGCGGCACUCUUUGAGUCUGGAGAUGAUCAGGAAGUAAAUAAUGGGCUGAUCAUUAUGAAUGAGCUCAUUGUCCCAUGCUUGCCAUUACUGCUGGUGGAUGAAACGGAAGAGAAGGAUAUUGCUGCUGUGGAAGAUAUGAGAAACCGCUGGUGUUCGUAUCUUGGACAAGAAAUGGAACCUAAUUUGCAAGAAAAGCUGACAGACUUCCUGCCAAAACUUCUAGAUUGCUCUACGGAGAUUAAAGGUUUCAAUGAUCCACCAAAGUUACCUUCCUAUUCCACACACGAACUGUGUGAGCGAUAUGCCCGAAUCAUGUUGUCACUCAGUCGAACUCCAGCCGAUGGAAGAUAAACUCUGCAAACCUUCAUAAGCACAUUAUAUAAACUUUUUUAGUUCUUAACCCUUGCCUACCUGUCACAGGGUUUGCUUGUUGCUGCUAUAGUUUUUAACUUUUUUUAUUUUAAUAAUUGCAAAAGACAAAAUGGCUGUACAGACAUUAGCCAGACUACAAACAGUUAAAGCUGAGAAUCGCAUGGGGCUCGGUUUUUGUUUCAGCCAGAAUUGAUGCAACAUUACAAAACUGCUUUCUUGCCACCUGUCUGUUACAGUAUUACUUUGCUUUUAUCUUAAUAUCCUUUACUUUAUCAACGGCUUUCUAUUCAGUCUGGAUCAUUCUGUGACUGCAACUCUUUUAAGUGUCCAGUGCUGUGUAAAUACAUGGUACUUGAUAGCUUGUAAAUGAAAUGGAAGAAUAAAGUUUUAUUUAUGGCUACUCCUGUGUUUGCAAGCAGAUACAUUGUAUAUUAGUGUAUUAUAUAGCUAUUUUUUUAGACCAGAAACGGAUGCAAUAUGUUGGUGGGUCAUUAAGUUCAUAGGCAUGAUUCUUCAGGAUUUACAGCCAAUUUCUUUAGAGAUGGUCACUGAUUACUGUAUGUCAGCACAUUGGAAAUCUGUCACAGUAUUAUUACACACCUUACUUUUUGUAUAUUCCUUACUGAUCUGUAUAAUACUGCAUCUGAACACAUUUAUUUUGAAGCCGCAUUGGGUUUAAAGUGAAGUUAGAGGCUUGCUUCUGAAACAAAAAUUAAUUGCACCUUUCUUCUAUUCAUAGGAGACCCUUUUUUAAAAAAACAAAAACUAUUUUCCAUAGGACUAGAAGCUAUAUUAGAUACAGCAGGCGCUCAGAUUUCUUUUGAAAGACUUGAUUGAGUAGAGUAAAUUAAAUGGAGGAUUUGUAAUUGUGAAAUAUGUAUGACUCUAGAAUCCAUCACAGAUACUCAUAUUUUUUGUUUUAUAAGGUUUGUGUUUCAAUUAUGUAAACUGCACACUACUCUAGCUCAGAAAUGUAACCUUCCACUAACUCUUGCUGUGAAGUUGGUUGCUCGUACUGUUAUAGUAAAGGAUUUCAGAAAUACUAUAUCUGCGCUAAUUUACUUUCUCUCAGAAGUAAAUGAAGAACUUUGUAGAGUUUGUUUUGUAGAACUGAAAUACUGUCUGAUUUUAAUGAAGAAACUCGAUUAUUUUGUGAAAAGGAGUUAAUGCAUCCUUAGGUAAUCCUGUUACCUGAAAAUAUUUUGAUUCCUCAUCUUUAUAGAGAACAUUUUGUGCUAGAACAGUAAAAGAUGUAAAUAUU